AUGAUAUUACCCUUUAUUCUAAUUUUUCCAGAGGACCUGGAUACGAUGGAAGAGUUCCAACCUUCGCCUUCCGUCAGAAGCAAAAAGGACGACGAUCUGAAGUCGGAGCUGUCGUUCAUUAUGAAAGAAAAGCUGCACGUCAUGGCUAGGGAGGUACAAAGAAGGACAUCUGCUGUGCGAGAGAGUCUGAUCAAAGAAGAGCCCGAGGAUACGUUCUCCACCACCUCAGCGUCUGUACCGACGGAAGAGCAGCAACCAAGCUUGAUGUCCCUUAUUGGGUUGCAAAAAGAGGGUCAAGACGAUGCAGAGGAUGAGGAAAAGUGGCAAUGUCGGCUGCCAGAGACCCUACAUCCAUAUGGCCGAAUUUACAUGACAUGGCUGUUCUUGGUGACGAGCGCCUUUCUUUACAAUGCAUACUGUAUUCCGCUCAGAAGUUCGUAUCCCUACCAAACUAAAUCGAAUCUUCUCUACUGGCUGAUACUGGAUUACACCUGUGAUAUCAUCUAUUUCAUCGAUAUGGUUCUUAUCAAGCCGAGACUCAGGUUCAUGAAAGGAGGGAUAUCAGUCAAGGCACGUGAUGAGACGUUGAAGCACUACUUGAUGAGUUCGGUGUUCAAACUUGAUUUAUUCGCAAUGAUUCCCACAGAUCUCAUUUACAUCUACACUGGUCCUACACCAAUCUGGAGACUGAAUAAGCUGACAAAGAUCCAUUCGUUUUGGCAAUUGUUUGACCUGCUGGACAACUCCUUUUCGUCCCCGUCUGUGAUCCGGGUCACCCGCACUCUGUCCUAUAUGAUCUACAUUAUUCAUUGCAACAGCUGUAUUUACUAUCUGCUCAGCGCAUGGCAAGCAUUCGGUCAGAUUGCGUACCACGAAAACGGCAAAUGGUACCUCAAUAAGUGGGUUUACAAUAACCAAGGUAAUGCCUACAUACGAUGCUUUUACUUCACAGCUGCCGUAGCAACAUCAACGGGAAAUAAUCCGGCCCCGACGAACGUUAUUGAAUAUGUAUAUAUGACAUGUUCGUGGAUGAUGGGAGUGUUCGUGUUCGCUCUUCUGCUCGGACAGAUUCGCGAUAUCGUAUCAAAUGCAAAUCGAACUAGAGAGGAAUAUCGCCGGCAGAUGGACAUGGCCCUGUCUGAGUGCAAACGUCUGGGAUUGCCGAAAGAGUUGACGAAUCGCGUACGUGACUGGUUCAUCUACACCUGGGAACAGCAAAAGACUCUCGAUGAAAAGAAGCUAAUCGAGAAAUUGCCACUGAAGCUCCAAACCGAUCUCGCUUUAUCUGUGCACUACAAUACGCUCAGCAAAGUACAGCUUUUCCAGGGUGAUGUGGGCAAAGAGAUGUACAUCGUGAAUCAGGGAGUUCUACAGGUCGUGGGUGGCGAGAACAACGAGACCGUAUUCGCUGAACUUCGACAGGGCUCUGUCUUCGGUGAGAUUAGGCGCUAUUCGAGUAAGGAGGGAGGGGGUCGUUAG